AUGGCCUCCCGUGGCUUCUCCAAGGCUCUGCGCUCACAGGUAGCGCGCCAAUUGGCCGCCCCGGCCCAGAAGCGUACCUUCAUUGCUGCUGCCGGCCUCGUGCGUGCUUCGGCGGUUGCUGCCCGCGCGACGGCGGCUGCCCCGGCGCCUCGGACGCAGGUGCGCGGCGUCAAGACGAUCGACUUUGCCGGCCAGAAGGAGGAGGUUUGGGAGCGCUCCGACUGGCCGCAGGAGAAGCUUCUUGAGUACUUCAAGAACGACACGUUCGCGCUGAUCGGCUACGGCUCGCAGGGCCACGGCCAAGGUCUCAACCUGCGCGACAACGGCCUCAACGUUAUCGUCGGCGUGCGCAAGGACGGCAAGUCGUGGCAGGACGCCAUCCAGGACGGCUGGGUCCCCGGCAAGAACCUGUUUGAGGUGGACGAGGCUAUCAAGCGCGGCACCAUCGUCAUGAACCUGCUCAGUGACGCCGCCCAGAGCGAGACCUGGCCUCAUAUCAAGCCGCUCAUCACCAAGGGCAAGACCCUCUACUUCUCCCACGGCUUCUCGCCCGUCUUCAAGGACCUCACCAAGGUCGAGGUUCCCGCCGACGUCGACGUCAUCCUCGUGGCCCCCAAGGGCUCGGGCCGCACCGUUCGUUCGCUCUUCCGCGAGGGCCGCGGCAUCAACUCGUCCUUCGCCGUCUACCAGGACGUCAGCGGCAAGGCCAAGGAGAAGGCCAUCGCCAUCGGCGUGGCCAUUGGCUCGGGCUACCUGUACGAGACGACCUUCGAAAAGGAGGUCUACUCCGACCUGUACGGCGAGCGCGGCUGCCUGAUGGGCGGCAUUCACGGCAUGUUCCUGGCGCAGUACGAGGUGCUGCGCGAGCGCGGCCACUCCCCCAGCGAGGCCUUCAACGAGACGGUCGAGGAGGCCACCCAGUCGCUCUACCCGCUCAUCGGCGCCAACGGCAUGGACUGGAUGUUCGAGGCCUGCUCGACCACCGCCCGCCGCGGCGCCAUCGACUGGACGCCGCGCUUCAAGGACGCCCUCAAGCCCGUCUUUAACCAGCUCUACGACUCGGUUAAGAAUGGUGAUGAGACUCGCCGCGCGCUCGAGUACAACUCGCAGCCUGAUUACCGCGAGAAGUAUGAGAAGGAGAUGGAGGAGAUCCGCAACCUUGAGAUCUGGCGCGCCGGCAAGGCGGUGCGCGCUCUCCGGCCCGAGAACCAAAAGUAA